AUGCAACAAUCUUUGAGUGAGAGUCGAACCCUCAAUCUGUCUGGACAUGUUAUCAGCUUGAACCUCCAUAUUGAAAUAGUAGGUGAUGCCAACCAAAGGGAUGAGCCUAUAGAACUCACCUGGUGUAAGGUCUGUGAACCACCAUCAAUCAUUCCCAAAUCUCACUACAGAACAGAGGAGCAGAUGUCAUCAAAAAUUCGCCAGCAGCAGGAAAACAACAAGGCUCCCCUUGUUCUCCCUAACCAUGGCUGUAAAGCGAGCAAGGCAGAGUCCAUAGCCAAACUCAAGGAACAACUGCAACAUGCAGAAUCAUGCUGCUCAAGACUGGAGGAACUGUACCAAACAUACAGAUUGCAUUGGCUAGAGGAAUGUUACCAUGCCAGAAUCUUGGAGAAAUAUGCACCAAGUGGAAUCAGUACAUACUCUCCUCACCAAAUCGCAUGGAACGCCCCUUCUCCCACCCAAAGCAAUGGCAACAACGAGGUCGAAGACCAGGAGUCAACUCCGAAGUCGUUUUGA